CAACCAUUUUCCCCGGGAAUUUCGACCUUCCCUUUGGCUUUCCCAUAAUCCUCAAAAUUUGUUAGCAUCUCUUCCUUUUUUUUCCUAGUGAUUUUUUUUUCCCUCUAUCUGUAUAACAUGUAAAAUUGUUGUCAUUGUUUCUUUGUGUUCCUCUUUAAGCUGCAUCCAGCGUACCUAAAGCCAUCUGGUAUGUGUUGUUGAUAAACAAAAAUUAGCCGGUUUAAGAAAUGGAUCCGGGAGAGCUCCGUCGGGUUUUCCAAAUGUUCGACCGCAACGGCGACGGAAAAAUUACAAAGAAAGAGCUGAAUGACUCGCUACAGAACUUGGGAAUUUACAUCCCAGAAAAAGAUCUCAUCCAAAUGAUCGAUAAGAUUGACGUUAACCGAGACGGAUAUGUAGAUAUCGACGAGUUUGGGUCGUUGUACCAAACAAUAAUGGACGAGAGAGACGAGGAGGAGGACAUGAGGGAAGCUUUCAACGUUUUUGAUCAAAACGGAGACGGAUUUAUUACGGUGGAAGAGUUGAGAUCGGUGUUGUCGUCGCUAGGGUUGAAACAAGGGAGAACCUUGGAAGACUGCAAGUUGAUGAUCAAGAAAGUUGACGUGGAUGGAGAUGGAAUGGUAAAUUACAGGGAAUUCAGGCAGAUGAUGAAGGGUGGUGGAUUUGCUGCCUUAACUUGAGGUCGACCCGGGAAAAAGAAUUAUUUUUCUUUCAAAAUAGAAAGAAGAGAAAAGGGUUUCUUGAGAAAUACUACUAUUAAUUACGUAAUUUAAGUUAAUAAUUUGGCUUUGACUUUAAUAACUAUUGUAGAAGGAGAUUUCAUGGAGGAACAACCUUUCUUCAUCAUAUAAAGGAGACCUCCAAUGAGUGAUGCUGCGCUAAUUGCAUCUCUCCAACUUCCGCAGAUGGAAUCGUAUUUGUGGCUUUAAUACUAAUGUGCAAAAGUUUCAUGUAAUAGUGGGCUUGUAAUGAUUUAGAUUUUUCUUUUAGUUAGUUUCUGGGGAAUGGAUCUUCUCUGGCCAUUUUCUUCUCUGUUUCUUUUUUUUUUUUCCUAAUAAGUCACUAACAUUAUUAGUUUUUGUGUUCUGUAAUUUGAUCUUCUCUUUUGUGAGAGGAUUUGUGGACUCUUGUCUUGUAUAUAGCCGUGAAGACCGUGGCUUGUAUAUUUUCA